AUGUGCGGUACAUGGGUGCGUGUCGCGCAGGAGGUGCGUGCGGCGGCGCUGCGCGAGUACGUGUCGCGCGUGUGCGGCGCCGUGCUGGCCAGCGAGCCGCUGCGCGCGCUCGGUGCCGCCGUGCCCGACCUGCUGGCCGCGCAGCUGCGUGCCGCAGUGCUGCUCGACAGGCAAGCCACUCUAUACCUUAUAGCGAAAGAAGGCGUCCAACGCAAACUGGAAGCGGGGCUAGCUACGGCCGAGGCGCGGAUUUUUGCGUCACAUCCGAUCUUGUCCCGCGCAGACGCGUGGCGGAAGGAGAAGUUGGCGGCGACCGCACAGCGGCUGAGGAGCGAGCUGAGCUGGGCGCCGUACGAGGACGCGGCGGCCGCCAUGCAGGCGCAGAAGUUGCACCAGCACCGGUACUUCCUACUUCGAGAUCUCGCUUUUCUACGGGACCGGGAACCUCUAUUGCUCAAGGAGCUCCGCGGCGCGAAGAGCCCGACGCGCGAGUUCACGUGGGCGACGCGCAUCUGGCUGGCGCGCAACUGGACGGUGGUGCGGCACUUCCGCGGGCGCGGCGAGCGCAUUCCCACCGUGCUGAGCUCGCGCGCCACCUCCAUCGUGACGCCGCGCUCCGACCCCUCGCAGCCCGUGUUCCUGCUGCACCGCGAGCGCACCCGCACCACCAGCACGCGCUGGCCCGCCUGGCGCCUGCUCAACCUCGCGCACAGAACUUGGUGUUGGAGCUGGAACAUGAUGUUUCUACUCGGCGUGAUGGUUCCCUGGUACUCACCAAUAUCUUUACGGACUCUGCUACGGGUCAAACCUUUUGUAACAGACUAUGAACUAUCACAGGUAAAUGGAACUCUUUUCCCGAAGCGGAGUAGUGAGACUCAGACGAUGUGGUCGCGCUUGCUGAAAUUAUGGCGGCAUGUUUCUAAAGAGCGUACGCGUUUCGAAACAGAACCUGACACAGGUCUGCUGGGCAAAGGUCUGAGCAGGCAGGCGCACCGCGCGUGGACGUACGGCGUGGUGGGCGGGCUGGGGUCGCUGGCGCUGCUGCUUGCGUUCCCGCUGUGCGUGCUGCUGGGCUGCGCGCUGGCGCUGUGCGGUGCGUUGUGCGUGCCGCUGUGGGCGCCGCCGCUCGCGCUCGCGCUGCAUGCCGCCGCCGCGAUCUUCUACGACCUGGACUGCCCGCGCCCGCAAGAUAACAGAUAUCUAGUGUUAUUUCAAAUACUCAUUUGGCAAAUCGGCUUGAUGGGUAUUCUGCAGCCGAUCGUCGCAUUCGUCGUGUCCGUGGUGUUCUGUCCGUUCUUUGCAUUAAUUCUGUUAGUUGGUGGCGUGAGUUGGUGGGCGGUGCGCGGCGGGGGGGAGGAGGUGGCGGGGCGAGCCGUGAUUGUGCGCUGUGCCCGCGUGCCCGCGCACGACUCCGCCUUCUGCCGCCGCGUGGCCGGCCCUGGCCUACACACGCGCGCCUGGUACCAGAUCACAGCGGCGCAGGCGCUCGCGGCGGUGUGCGCCCGCGCGGAGCUAGAGGCGCUGGCGGAGUGGGCCAGCGACAUAGAGAACCUAAUCGAGCGCCCGCUUCGCGACUACGCACAUUUCGUGGACGCCUGCUUUGGACCUUUCUCUGUACAAAUCGCUAAGACUGGUGCAUACAAACAGCUAGAGAAAGAGUGCAGUGAGCUAGUGAUGUCAGUUCGCGAGAAGCUAGCGGCGAGAAGACGCGACCUGGCUCUAGGUCUUACAGAUGCGGCUCGAGCUCGCAUCCGUAUGACAGCGCCAGAACUCAGGAAAGCAGUUGCGGCGUGUGCGCAGGAGCUAAGCCGGCUAUGGGGCGCGCGCAGCGACGAGUGGUGGAGCGCGCGCGGCCUCGAGCCCGCCGACUGGCACGCGCUCGCCGCCAACACACUCGUCGAGUUGUCAAAGCCAGCACUGCGGGCAUCACGUGCGUUGUGCGAGAUAGCGAGGAGAAUGAGUAGUAAUGUAAGUGGUGGUGUGCAGGUGUUCGACGCGGAGGUGCUGGCGGCGCUGGCGGAGGGCGAGGCGCGGCUGCCGCUGGAGGGCGGCGAGGGCGCGCAAGCCUGGGCGGCGCGUUGCGGCCGCGACCACGCGCCGCCCGACGUGCUCGCCGAGCGCGACGACUGGCGCCAUGCUGCGCCCGGGGUGGCGUGGGGUGAGUGGGGCGGCACGGCGGCGCCGCGCGUGCGCGCGCCCGCGCUGGACGUGAGCGCAUUCAGCCCGCGCGCGCCGCCGCAGCCGCCCGUGCCGCACCCCGCCGCCGUGGCGCUCGUGCUGCACAACCGAGAUUCGGAUAACCCCGUGCCAUUGGACUCUGAGCUUUGUGCUGAAAUUCUACGCACUUUAGAAGACGCGCCCGACAGUGAGGACAGGCGAGAGGGCGUGGAGCGGUACCGCGGCGGCGGCAGCUCGGCCAGCAGCUCAGCCAGCAGCAACGCCUCGCCCGACGAGGAGCCGCCACACCCGCCCGCCUGCAGAAUACCUGCGGAGGGGGCGGUGGCGGCGGGGGCGGGGCGGGCGGCGUGCCGCUGGACGCUGACGGGGCGCGGCGUGCGGCUGCGCGCCGACCUGGCCAGCCCCGAGGACGUGUCCCUCGACAUCGACCGCCACGGCACCUCCGUCUGA